GAUGAGUGCUGUGAGACUGAGGACAAAGAGGAAAACGAUAACCGAAAAGAAAAAAAAAACAUGGAAUCCGCUGAAGAUGAAGCAGAGCAUAAAAACACGCAUGCACACCCGUCCAUAUAUCUACUCUCAAGAGCCACUCUCCUCUCCUCCAUUGCCAGCAAACCUCUGAUUUGCAUCCUUAUCGGUCUUUCCGCGAAGCCAUGGACUCGAAAACAGGUUCCAUGGAGGUUGACAGUGGCAGCGAGUUCAAAGCCCACGUCUUUGCAUCAUCAUCUGAGCUGCUGGAGAAGCUGCAUGAGAAGUGGAGUGCAGUGAAGAAGAAGCCGUACCCUGCAAUGUACUCGAGCGUCUUUGGUGGGAUAAUACUCGACCCAGCAAUGAUGGUGAUUCCCAUAGAUGAUCAUAUGGUCCAUAGAGGACAUGGUGUGUUCGAUACAGCUAUAAUUUUAGAUGGCUACCUUUAUGAGCUAGAUGUCCACUUGGAUCGCUUCUUAAGAUCCGCGGCAAAAGCGAGGAUUUCCUCUCCAUUUCCCCAGUCGACCCUCCGAAGCAUUCUCAUACAACUCACUGCAGCAUCCCAGUGCACGAAAGGAACUCUUCGAUAUUGGCUAAGUCCAGGCCCUGGGGAUUUCUUACUCUCACCCUCGGGUUGUCCCACCUCUGCAUUUUAUGCAGUUGUGAUUGACGAGGACUUUUCCCAGUGCAAAGGAGGAGUCAAAGUGAUAACCUCCACGAUCCCGAUGAAGUCCCCCCAAUUUGCCACCAUGAAGAGUGUGAACUACCUCCCGAACGUCUUGUCGAAAAUGGAGGCAGAAGAUCAGGGAGCUUUUGCUUCCAUCUGGGUGGAUGAUGAGGGAUACAUUGCAGAAGGGCCAAAUGUUAAUGUGGCGUUUAUUUCACAAGAUAAAGAGUUGAUAUUGCCCUCGUUCGACAAGAUCUUGAGCGGGUGCACAGCAAAGAGGCUUCUCCAGCUUGCCCCCAAGUUGGUCGAGAAGGGGAUACUGAAAGAUGUGAAGACUGCAAAUCUCGCGGCGGAGGAAGCAAAACGCUCUGCAGAGAUGAUGUAUGUCGGAAGCACGCUUCCCUUGCUGCCAAUCAUUGAGUGGGACAGGCAACCAAUUGGAGAUGGGAAGGUGGGGGGACUGACCAUGGCACUUUCAGAUCUUGUUUGGGAAGACAUGGUAGCUGGCCCGGAAAUGCAGAGAUUGCGCGUUUCCUACUCGUAGAGACUACUCGAAGUUCACUCCACGCCUAAUGGUCAUGGCUGCAAAACACAUAUGCUUAUCUUCCAUUUACUGUUGUUGCAAAUCCAAAUAAAAGUCUCCCGAAUGCAUGUUAGAUUACUCCGCCUUCUUUCCUCGUUUUGUAUGCAUUUCGAGUUUGUGGGGGUUGGCACUUUUGCACUACCAGUUGCUUGUAAGGAAAGAAUGUGAAGGCCGAUGGGGCCUCCUCUGAGAGAACUCGUGUACAAAUAAUAUCAGAGCCAACAUAGAUUGACAAUCAUAUGAUAAUUUACAUUCUCGCGUA